AAGAAAGGCCACUUGGAAGCUGACCGUCCUGGUAGAUGUGGACGAGCGUGGAACUCGAGGCCCGGUGGGCGUGCGCCCGGCGCUCCUGCCCCGCGGCCUGGGCUCGGUUCCCCCGCAGCUUCAGCGCCCCGCGGAGAAUGAAUGGGACUGCAUUGUGGAGCCAACAUGAACAGAUAUGCCGAGUACCCCGCCAGCCCUGGUCACCCCGCCCAGAAGCCCGAGGAGCCUGAGCCCCGCGGAGCCCCGGUCCAGGAAGACGUGCCCAUGAGCAGUGGCUCUAGCGGAAAUGAAACCAACGACAACCGCUCCCCAGGGCGGGACUCGCGGGGCGGCCAGGAGCUGGGGAUGCUGGUGGGGCCGCCCAUCGUCCCCCCGGGUCCUGAUGCCUUUGGCCUCAUGAUGGCAAAGUCCAAACACAGCACGUCUGCAAGCGGCUGCAGCGAGCAGUCCGCCAAAGCAGAUGCACACAAGGAACUGAUAAAAACGCUGAGGGAGCUGAAGGUCCACCUGCCGGUAGACAAGAAGGCCAAAGGGAAAGCCAGCAUGCUGGCCACCUUGAAGUACGCACUAAGGAGCGUGAAGCAGGUGGAAGCCAACGAAGAGUAUUACCAGCUGCUCAUGUCCAGUGAGAACCACCCCUGCAGCGCCAGCGUGCCCUCGUACAGCAUAGAAGAAAUCGAGAGCGUCACUUCCGAUUUCAUUGUGAAGAAUGUGGGUAUGUUUGCUGCAGCCGUGUCUCUGGUCACCGGGAAAAUCCUGUACAUCUCUGACCAAGUUGCCUCCAUCUUUCACUGUAGAAGGGACGCUUUCUAUGGCGCCAGGUUCGUGGAGUUCCUGGCGCCCCACGAUGUCAGCGUGUUCCACACCUCCACCACGCCUUACAAGCUCCCGCCCUGGAGCGUGUGCAGCAGGCCAGACUCCUUUACUCGAGAAUGCAUGGAGGAGAAAUCUUUCUUCUGCCGCGUCAGUGUUGGGAAAAACCACGAGAACGAGAUUCGCUACCACCCUUUCCGCAUGACGCCUUACCUGGUCAAGGUGCGGGACCCGCAGGGCACGGGGGGUCAGCUGUGCUGCGUGCUGCUGGCAGAGAGAGUGCACUCGGGCUACGAAGCCCCUAGAAUUCCUCCUGAAAAGAGAAUUUUUACGACCACACAUACACCAAAUUGUCUGUUCCAGGAUGUGGACGAAAGGGCCGUCCCCCUCCUGGGCUACCUACCUCAGGACCUGAUCGAGACCCCUAUGCUCGUGCAGCUUCACCCCAGUGACAGGCCUUUGAUGCUCACCAUCCACAGAAAGAUUGUGCAGUCCGGCGGGCAGCCCUUCGACUAUUCUCCCAUUCGGUUCCGUGCCCGGAACGGCGAGUACCUCACUCUGGACACCAGCUGGUCCAGCUUCAUCAACCCGUGGAGCAGAAAGAUCUCCUUCAUCAUCGGCAGACACAGAGUCAGGGUGGGCCCUUUGAAUGAGGACGUGUUCUCAGCUCAGUCGCCCAUGGAGGAGAAGGACGCGCCCCCCAGCGUUCAGGGGCUCGCGGAGCAGAUCCACCGGCUGCUGCUGCAGCCCAUCCCCCACAGCGGCUCCAGCGGCUACGGGAGCCUGGGCAGCAAUGGGUCCCAUGAGCACCUCAUGAGCCAGACGUCCUCGAGCGACAGCAACGGUCACGAGGACUCCCGCCGGAGGAGGACCGAAAUUUGUAAAAAUGGUGGCAACGUCAAAGACAAAAGUCAUCCUGGGGAAUCUGGAGAACAAAAGGGAGACUCCGCGGCAGAAAAGCCAAAUAGUUCCUCUGCUCAGAUGAAAGCUGUCCCCGUGGAACAGGACAGCUCGGGCACCAGCCUGCCCACAGGCGGCUUUCCCGAGGAGCUGGGCUGCAGGAACCCGCCCGCUGGGUCCUACCAACAGAUCAGCUGCCUGGACAGCGUCAUCAGGUACCUGGAGAGCUGCAGUGAGGCGGCCACCCUCAAGAGGAAGUGUGAGUUCCCGGUGAACGUGGCAACGCAGAAGGCCAGCGAUAAGCGACAGGCAGUGGCCAGCCCCAGGCUGCAUUCCGCAGAGACGGCAUCACCCUCCAGGGUGAACAGCCACGCGGAGGUCAGCGCGCACCUGCCCUCACUGGCCCUGCCCAGCAAGGCGGAGAGCGUGGUGUCCCUAACCAGCCAGUGCAGCUACAGCAGCACCAUCGUCCACGUGGGCGACAAGAAGCCACAGCCUGAGCUCGAGCUGGUGGAAGAUGCUGUGAGCGGGCCCGAGUCUCCAGACAGACGGCCGUGUGUCCCGGGCUCAGAGAAGGAGCCCCUCAGGACGCUGGGCCUCACCAAGGAAGUGCUGGCUGCCCACACCCAGAAGGAGGAGCACACCUUCCUGCUCAAGUUCAGGGAGAUGCGGAAACUCAACAUCUUCCAGUCUCGCUGCCAUCAUUACUUACAGGAAAAGUCCAAGGGGCAGUUGAGUGAGAGAACUGCACCAGGACUAAGAAAUACUUCUGGAAUAGAUUCAUCUUGGAAAAAAACUGGGAAGAACAGAAAACUGAAGUCCAAACGGGCCAAGCCUCGAGACUCCUCCGAGAGCACUGGGUCUGGGGGGCCUGCACCCCACCGGCCUCCAUUGAUGGGACUGAACGCCACAGCCUGGUCACCAUCGGACACGUCCCAGUCCAGCUGCCCCACGGCGCCCUUUCCUGCCUCAGUGCCUGCUUACUCCCUGCCUGUGUUUCCAGCCCCAGGAAUCAUGCCCACACCAGGGACGGUGGCGGGGGCACCCGUGGCUCCCCAGGCCAGCUUCGCGGUGUCCGCCGUGCCCAUGGACACCCAGCACGAGUUUGCCAUCCAGCCCCCUCCAUUCGCUGUCCCCUUGGCCCCAGUCAUGGCGUUGGUGUUACCCAACUAUUCCUUCACUUCGGUGACCCCCAGCCUGCCCCAAGCCUUCUUCCCAGGCCAGCCUAACUUUCUGUCUGAGAUGAUCCCUGCCUCGCAGCCUGAGCUCCCUGGUAGGACUUCACCCCCCAAACUGCCAUGCACGUGUCCUCAGGCGGAGCGUGGGCCAGCAGCAUCUCGCGCAGCCACCCCAGCCUCCCCGCCGCCUGCCUCUGGGCCCCCGGGCAGAGCCUCCCCUCCGCUCUUCCAGUCCCGGGGCAGCUCACCUCUGCAGCUCAACCUGCUGCAGCUGGAGGAGGCCCCCGAGGGCAGCGCCGUGGCCACGGGGACAGCAGGGUCCUCGGGGACCGCGGGCGCGGGGCCGGACUGCAAACCUGCCGCAUCCUGGGACCGACAGCCGAAGCCGUCGCCAAUCCGUGAGGAACCCGCCAACGCCCGGAACAGCGAUGCCCUCUCCACAUCCAGCGGCCUGCUUGACCUCUUGCUGCACGAGGACCUGUGCUCCGCCACAGGGUCAGCCCUGUCUGGGAGCGGGGCCUCUGCCGCCUCCGAUUCCCUGGGCUCCGGCUCGCUGGGCUGUGAUGCGUCCAGAAGUGGGACAGGCAGCAGUGACACAAGUCAUACCAGCAAAUACUUUGGAAGUGUUGACUCUUCAGAGAAUAAUCACAAAGCAAAAGCGAAGGCGGCCGUGGAGGGAAGUAAGCAGUUCAUCAAGUACGUCCUCCAGGACCCCGUCUGGCUGCUGAUGGCCGACACGGAUGACAGCGUCAUGAUGACCUACCAGAUGCCUUCCCGGAAUCUGGAAACGGUGUUGAAGGAAGACCGGGAGAAGCUGAGAGUGAUACGGAAGUCCCAGCCCCGGUUCACGGAGGGCCAGAGGCAGGAGCUACAGGACGUGCACCCGUGGCUGCGGGCCGGCCGCCUGCCCGCCGCCCUGGACCUCGCGGAAUGUGUUUACUGUGAGAACAAGGGACAAGACAACAUCUGGGCACCGUAUGAGGAAGAGAUGCCUGCUCUGGGUCUCAGCGAAGCCGCAGAGGACAAAGAGGAGAAAAGUGGAGUCCCCUCGAGUCACAAAAGUGAAGAGCGGACCUAACGCUCCUCCCCGUGCCCGACAGCCCGUGACCUACAUUGGAUGGUGCUCAGAAGCGAUGAAAAGAUUUUUGCAUCUGUUUGUAAUGAAAUGGGCAGAUAUACUUAUGUCGCUUUUUUUGUUUUAGAAAACCACAGUUUUCUGAAGGAAUGAUUUAAAACUGUGGAGGGUGGGCAGGGUUUGGGAGGAAAUACAUUUUUAUAUUUAAAACGUAAAUACAGAGUUUGGGACAGAUUUCGUUAGUAUUUAACUUGAGAAAGAGCGAAUCCCCUCUCUGCACGCGGCGGGGAGGCUUCCCCGGGGCUGUCGGAGGUCCACGCACUUGAGGAGGCUUCUCAGGGGGGCGUCCGCACGCAUCUUCCAGGCUGUGGCCAACAGCUGAGACGUCCCGCUCCUUCCGGAGCCGCCCAGGGUGUGUUCGGACCACAUCAGACCCUGUCCUCUGGGGGCUGGUCUGUAUCUAAAUCAUCAUUUAGUCAAACUAGAUGUUUCUGAAAUGCACCAAAUGGAGAUCACAGCCUCUCCCGAUUUUCUGUCAGAGUGAUUCGCGUGAAACGGCAUGACCCGUAUUCAGCAAACCAGCAGCUUCUGCUCCGGCUACUGCAGUGGCAAACGUUUCCAUCUGAUGUAGCUUGUGUUUGGGACAAACAAAGGAGAGGUGCUCACUCUGAACAGAAGAGGCCCGUGGUUUGUGUGGCCAACUCCAUCAGACUAGCACACACCCUUUUCAGACCAUGACCCAUAUGUAGAUAAAAUAUGGUGUUGACUAUUUCUGUGGUGACUUCCCUUUGCAGACCAGGCUCUGAUCGCCACAUCUGGGACCGUUGGUGUUUGUCCUUCAGCUGGAGCCUCCCAGACGUGAGCUCUGGCAGACAGUCACCGCUGACACUGUGAGCUGGUGACCUCGUCUGUGUUUUCCUGGGUGCCGUGAGCUCACCUCUCCCCACACCCUGGGCUGGGACGCCGGCCCUCGUUCUUUUCAUGAGCCUGACCUCACUCGGGCAGCUUCUGGUCCCUGCAGUGACCGUCCUAGCAUCAUCAUCACUGUCUGGGACACCUGUGGAAGAGUGAGGCCAGUCCGCCAAUCUCAUUACAAAACCUCACGUUAAAUCACGUAUCCCAAAGAUUAGGGGAAAGCUGUAUUGGUCCCUGGAGUGAAUGGAAGGUUACCACAGGUGAAACAAUUAACUUAAAAUCGGGCUGAGUUUGCAGAAACGGAAAAGAAAGCAGGCUCCCCCUGUCCCCUGACGGAGAAGCGGCUACUAGAGUAAAUGAAGCCUCCUUGUAAUCUGCUUGGUUUUCAAUCUUACAUUUGGAUAUUAGUCCUAUUUUUCAUAAACUCAAGUGUAAGAAUACUGGUGUUUUUUUAAAGUUAUUUAUAAAGUAACAGCGCCUUCAGAUGCCCAAAAUGAGGUGAUAGGCUGUGCAUUUGUGUGGGGAACAGAUGCCUCCAAACGUGCCUCCUGCCUCUGAGGUCCGAUCGCUAAGGGAUUAGAUGCUAGUCAAGGUCACAUGUACGUUACCUGAACAUACAACUGUCAUGAAUGUUUACCAUCAGCAUUAUUGUAUUACAUGAUUUGUGUUCAUCGAUUGUUAAGUGCGUAGCUUUAACGCGUGCUGGGAAGUCGACACUAGGAGCAUUUUGUGAAAUUGUUUACACGGUGCCAUGCAUCGAGACGUGUUUCCUUUAGUAUGUGUGCUUACACAAGGGUUAUAAGACCUUUCUCUCAAUUUUAAACUGAGCCUUCUUUUUAAUCUAUUCCUACAAAGACCUGUAUAUAAGCUCUCAGAGUCUGUGUAACGACUUGGUAAGCCUUGCCGGACAAGUGGUUUGUUCACGCCCAAACGAAACUGUCUUCACCCCGUGCAAUAUGUUUGUUUACUGCUCGUGUCUUUUUAUGACUGUUUUGCUUUUUAGAAAAUUGGUAAAUAAA